AUGUGGAUUCUUCCACUUAUUGGCUACACCGGUGUUGCCGUGGGGUUUGCUUUCUUGACAUUAGCUAUUGCUUCAGGUUUAUACUAUCUCUCAGAACUAGUCGAAGAACAUACAGUUAUUGCCCGCCGAGUAUUAACGAGACUCAUAUACGGCGUCAUAAUAGCCCAGAUCCUACUGUGGCUAUUCGACAACUUCCCAUUCUCCCUAUCGCUCUUGAGCGUGGUAUCGCACCUCAUAUAUGCCAGCAACCUUCGAAAAUUCCCCGUGGUGAAGCUGUCUGACCCUCUAUUCAUUGUCUCGUGCCUUCUCGUCUGCCUUAACCACUGGCUCUGGUUCCGCCAUUUCUCUAGUCCCCCUGCCCCCUCUUCCUCUUCGCAGGAUGCCACCGCAUGGCGUCGACCGUAUCAACCAGACUACGCGAAUAUGCCGACUUUUACCGAGGUAGCUUCAUAUUUUGGGUUGUGUGUUUGGCUGGUGCCGUUCGCUCUGUUUGUUAGUCUUAGUGCUGGUGACAAUGUGCUUCCGAGCAUCGGUUCGGAAUACCCUGCCUCGUCAUCUACUAUUCCUGAAGGACGUACUAAGAGUAAAAAUGUUGGCUUGGCUAAAGCUCUGGUGGACAAUGUUCGAGAUUGGGCGUCGGAGACAGGCGAACUGAUGGGGUUCUAUCAAGGGGAGCGAACGAGGAGGUUUUAA